AUGACAGCUUUUCGCUACCACAUGCACAUUGUGGACGGUGGCGAUCCGACGAGCACAGUCACCGCGGCGACUUUGUUCGCUCACCUCACACUUCGCUGUGGGCAGCUGCGUAACUACCUGUUGCUCAGUGCAAGCACAACUGAUGCCAAGCGGCAGCGGGAGGCGCUGCGGUCAGGCCUCAGUGGGACACGAAAGGUGCAGCUGGCAGCAGCGGGGCCGUCGUCUGAUGGAAGCCAGGAUGACAAGGUUCUGCUUGCCGCGGAGUCCCUUCUUCGUGGGGAUGAAAACUUUCGUGCAAGCUUGGGCACGGGCGCGGACUCGAGUGGGCUGGUGGCCGAAGUUAAGGAUCGCAUUAUCCCAUACACGGGUUUUAGCUGUGGGUUCGUUGAGUCAGAAGUUUUCCUUGCACGCUCUGGGGUACGCUACUUUGACUUCAUUGCCACCGCUGAUGUUGCAAGCUUCAACUACGUGUUAAACUACUACCAGGGGCUGCGCAUGCUUGAGAAGGGGGGCCAGGGACCACACAACAACGGUGAUAUGUCGCGUGUGCAAUGGGAACCGUCCCCACAUGAGCAGCCGCCCCGACGGCAGAAGGUGGGGCUCGUGCACAUUCUCUGCGGGGAGCCGGCGCGUGCGGGGCAUUUGCUCCAACGUUUUAUAGAGUUGCUGCUGGAGGUGGACACCACACCGCGCGAGGGAGCAGUGGCGAAUGACGCGACUUUUGCGUGGAUAAGUCGUGCUGACGGCGUCAUCUCACGGAUGUAUCAACUGCUCGGUGUGGAUGUUCUCUUUGCGGUACUGUGA